AGCACUUGCUGGCGUCUUUCAUUUUUACUUCAGAAUACCACGCAUGUUUUACUAUAAGCUAUCACAGUUGAUUAAAACUGAGAUCAUGUUUUGAGUUGUUCGUGGCUAUUCUAAAAGCUAAAAUGUUUUUCGUAUCGAGAAUAAACCAGAACCUUGCCUCAAACGAGGAAAAACCGAGCAGCGAAUCUAGAUUGAAGAUAACUCAUAUUGAAUAUGCUUCCUAUUAUCCGCAAUUUAACCAGCAAAUUGAAUCUCUGUUAGCUGAUGAAAACCUCGACACCUCUAUAUUCACCGAUUUAUUUAAUCAUAACUCGAGGCAUCAUCAUCAUCACAGCACUCAGAAGAAAGAAAAACGACCUGAAACUGAAACGAAACAGGAACUUAACCGAAAGUUAUUUGAUGCAGUGGCAAAUAAUAAAUUAAACGAACUUGAACAACUUCUGAUUCGUCACAAGCGAAGAGACUUCAACGUCAACUCUACUCUGAUUGGCGGGUUACGAGCAAUUCAUAUUGCAGCUCAACUGGGAUUGGACGAUGCUUUGGAUGUUCUGAAGGUGAAUGGCGCAGCUUUCGUGACAGAGAAAUCUCAGGUGCAUCCGAUAUUUGUGGCAGCUGCUCAUGGUCAAGUCAUGACUGUCCACAAAUUAUUGCGAGACUACAACGUAGACAUCAACUUGCAAGGCCAAAAACAGGAGACACUGUUACACAUUGCUGUGAAAAGAGGCGACAAAUUAUUGACGGAUUCGCUUCUAAAAGCAGGCGCCAACCCUGACUACUGUGACGAGGAGGGGAUGACCCCUAUUGCACUUGCGACUCUCUUGGGAAAUAUUGAAGCUUUUCGCGCUCUCAAAGACCACGGCGCAUGUCUGGGAAUCCGAACAUUCAAGGGACAAUACAUCUUUCACUUUAUGGCUAUGCACGGCAGCUUUUACCAAGAACUGAAAAAGUACAGGACGUUUUUUACUGUUUCUGACGACAGAGAUUGUACGUGUUUGCAUUUCGCCAUAGUAGCAGGGAACUUAAAAGCUGUAAAGCAGAUCUUGAAACACGGAACUCAUCAACUGGAUCUACUAACUGCUGAUAGACAUACUGCAGUCACGCUAGCAUGCGCCUCUGCUCAAUCUAAAAUUCUAGAUUUCCUACUGACGAAGUACUACAAGUCAGGGAGACAGUUGCAAAAAUACGAAACUCCCAUGAAAGAUGUCUUGACUCCUACACAUGUGGUUGCCGAGUUUGGAGACCUUGAAACACUUUUGGUUCUCGAUAAACAUGGCAAACUAGAGGUCGAUAAACCAACAGCGAAAAGAAACUUCACCCCUCUUCAUUUGAGUUGUAUAAGCGCGAAUGCUGAAAUAACAGACUACUUAAUUGACAAAGGCAGUGCUAUAAAAGUACUAGACAGCAAGGUUUGGUAUCCAGUACAUUACGCAAUUCAAAACAAAAUGAUUGACUCCUGCAAAAAGAUGCUGCCGCACUUUACAGCUGAUGAUUUCAGAACGGGAACCACACCUCUGCAUUUAGCCAGCAAAACGGGACAUUUAGAACUCGUAAACAUUUUACUCAAAAACGGGCACGACCCCACAGUUCUCGACAAACUGGGGUACUCUGCUCUGCAUUAUGCUUCAGCCAGGGGCUUUGUCGAUGUUCUUCAGGCGCUGAUAAAAAGUAAUGCAAGGGUACAUAGGACGUCGGCGUUCCACGAGACUCCGCUAUUUCUCGCAUGCAUAAACGGGCGGCCAGACGCGGCUCUGAAAUUGAAAGAAGCAGGUGCUAAUAUUAAUAUUCCCAAUCAGGAAGGGAAGAAAGCGUUCCACGAAGCGUGUUUGAGAGGCCACGUGGAUGUAGUUGAAGUCAUUCUUGGAGUUCCUCGAAUGAAGUUUGACAUCAACGGACUCUGUGUUCACGGAUUAGCUCCCCUCCACGUUGCCUGCGCAAAUAAUCAACACACUAUAGCAGGGAUUUUAAUACGAGAAGGAGCAAAUAUCGAUGUGAAGGAUACGAGAGGCAUGACACCGAUUCAUCACGCAGCCCUACAUGGCAGUUUUAAAAUAGUCGAAUCUUUAGUUCAGCUUGGAGCCAAACGCAGAUUGAAGGACGACAACGACAUGCGUCCUAUAGAUCACGCAAUCAAACACAGACACGAAGAUAUUGUGCAAUAUCUGAAUUCAUUGCGACAGAAAGCCCAUGAUGAAUUACCCGAUGUUCGAACUGAUGACAAACAGAAAAAGCCGAUAAAAAAGAAACUUCUAGUCGAUCGAAAAGCAAUGUCAACAAAUAGUUUUGUUUCUGAUACUUCAAGCAUUUCAUAAAAAAAUUCUGAACGAUAACCGUAGAUAAGAACAAGCGACGAGUCAAAGAUUGGCCGGGUACUCGUUUAGAAGUAUCGUCCCAUUAUAAAUCUCGUUUAGAAGUCUGAUCCCGUUAAAAUACGUAUGGUCCCACAUAAAAGCCAGAUAAAAAGAUUUUCAGUCAAUUUCUCAGUUUCCUUAAUUGUUUCGGCC